AUGGUUCCCCCAAGGCGUCGGUUUCACAAGACACCACCAGCUCGGAUCAAGAACAGAUGGCCUGGAGAUUGGGACUGGCAAUAUCUUCCAAUUCGUGAGUUGCCUCUUAAGAUUGUGCCAUGUCUACCAUGGGGAAAAGAGAAGAAAUUCAACACUCCUACCAAGACGCUACAUGAAAAUAUUCCUGGAAAUGGACAAGUUCAGCCGACAUUUAUGCUGAUUGCCCACCUGGUACAGGCAAGCAACUAUUUGGAUGAAACAGAUUAUAACGUGCUGACCCUGGUGACUCCGGCUUUGGCGAAAAAUUCUCUGCUUUUGGAGUUUCCGUUCUCUUGUCCUUGGAAGACUACUUGCAAAAGACAAUGGGGUUUUGGAAAAGUGCACAAAGAUCGCUAUGGUACCCACGCAAAGGUCAACCCUCGAUCCAUGAUUCAUUAUGCUUGGGGCUUUCUGUUGACAGUGGAUAGACACAAAGUGAUUAUUGCGUUGCCUCAGUGGCGUCAAUAUGCCUCUCUUUGUCGCUUUGCCUCUGUUACUUUGCUGGCUUGUUUGAAAGAACCACGUGGCUUAUCACAUCCAAACUGA